AUGAUGGAUCGACGAUGCCGCUUCAUCACGACGAUCGCUCUGUGCUGUUGCAUUUCGUUGGCGAACCCAACGUUCGUCAAACCCGAUGACAAUCCUGACAUCGAGCUCACGACGCCAGAACUGGUGAUGAAAUACGGAUAUCCCUUGGAGAUUCACAGUAUCGUUACGAACGAUGGCUAUGCUCUUCAACUGCAUCGAAUACCGUGCGGCCGGGAUGAGGAGGAAACAAAAUCUAAGACAAAAACGCCGAUACUCUUGGUGCACGGUCUGGGAGGUAGCUCUGCUGAUUGGGUCCUUAUGGGUCCUGGAAAGUCGUUAGCGUAUAUAUUAGCCGAUGAAGGUUACGACGUGUGGCUUGGAAACAACAGAGGCAACCUUUAUUCGAGGAAUCAUACCUGGUUGUCGCCGACCGACCGAGAUUUCUGGGAUUUCAGUUAUCAUGAACUUGGUAUCUACGAUCUUCCCGCAAUGAUCGAUUAUGUUUUGGACACGACGGGAUACGAGAGGAUCUAUUAUGUUGGACAUUCGGAAGGUACCACGCAGUUUUGGGUAAUGGCAUCGGAAAAACCUGAAUACAAUUCGAAGAUUACUCUAAUGAUCGGUCUAGCACCAGCAGCUUUCAGCGGCAAUAUUCGCGGUCCGAUCCAAAAACUCGCCAAGUUGACGUACUUCGGCGUGUGGGUCGGCGAAACUUUCGGCUAUCCAGAAUUCCGUUCCCGAUCCGAUUGGGGAAAAUUCGUGUCGAACCUAUUUUGCCAGAGAGCAGCAUCCACGCAAUUCAUUUGCAGCAAUAUCCUGUUUCUAGUCGCAGGAUUUAGUCGUGCGGAAUUAAAUACAGAGUACCUGACGGUCAUCAUAGGCCACGUACCUGCAGGAGCUUCCUGGAAACAACUCGUGCAUUACGGUCAAGGAUACAUUAAUACGGGUCACUUUAGACAAUACGACUAUGGUAACGUCGACAAAAAUCUUCAGAUGUACAAUUCAACGACGCCACCGGAUUACCAAUUAGAAAAAAUUACUGCGCCGAUUGCUUUUUUCAGUAGCGACGACGACUGGCUAGCAACUACAAAGGACGUGGACCUCUUGGCUGCGAAGCUCAACAGCCUCAUAUUUCAUUAUAAAACUCCUUUUAAUACCACCUGUAAUCAUUAUGACUUCAUAUGGGGGAAGUCCUCUGUGCAAAUGGUUUCACAGCCUAUUCUACAAUUAUUGGCUCAAUAUCAAUAG